UUUUUAACGUUUUCAUUUGUGUUACAACAUCGGUGCACACAGGUUUGUUAAUAUUGUGUGUGGUGACUAAGCCCCUUGUCGCAAUGUUCCAGAUGUCUACAAACAGUCGUCCUCGCAGCAUGCCGCCGUUUUGAUGAACGGCUGCGCGAAGAACGGCAUGGACGACAAACCUGAAGGUUGGGUCGUUUCCUCUGAAUCUUGCGGUUUUCUUUCUAUUGGCGCGCGGUACGUGCGCGAGGUGUUGCCGGGCGAGAUCGUGGAGAUGUCGCGGCACGGCAUCCGCACCGUGGACGUGGUGGAGCGGCCCCACGGCAAGCACCAGGCCUUCUGCAUCUUCGAGUACGUGUACUUCGCACGGGCGGACAGUAUGUUCGAAGGUCAGAUGGUGUACUCGGCGCGCAUGCAGUGCGGGCGCAUGCUGGCGCGCGAGUCUCCCGUGGACGCCGACAUCGUGUCCUCCGUGCCGGAGUCCGGCACCGCCGCUGCGCACGGAUACGCGAGACAGUCGGGCAUUCCGUUCAUGGAGGUGUUGUGCAAGAACCGGUACGUGGGCCGCACGUUCAUCCAGCCGUCGACGCGCCUGCGCCAGCUCGGCGUGGCGAAGAAGUUCGGCGCGCUGUCCGAGAACGUGAAGGGCAAGCGCAUCGUGCUCAUCGACGACUCCAUCGUGCGCGGCAACACCAUCGGACCCAUCAUCAAGCUGCUGCGCGACGCCGGCGCCGCCGAGGUACACAUAAGGAUAGCAUCGCCGCCGCUCAAGUACCCUUGCUACAUGGGCAUCAACAUACCCACCAGGGAGGAGCUCAUCGCCAAUAAGAUGGACUCGUUUAAACUGGCCGAGCACGUCGGCGCGGACAGUCUGGAGUACUUAUCCGUGGAAGGUUUGGUGAGCGCGGUGCACUACAACAUGAAGACGACGCCGUCCGACGGCGUGGGGGGACACUGCACCGCCUGCCUCACCGGCGACUACCCCGGCGGGCUGCCCGACGUCGACUGGUGAGCCGCUGGUCGACUCACCACCGACACUAGAGCGAGGCGACCGCUUGGUCGACUCAACGCGAGGAAUGUACUCAGCUUUUAUCGAAGUAGAAUGAGACUUUUUAGACUUCGGAAUUAAUGGCAUGCAGGUAUCAGGCAUGUUUUAGUCGACCUAUCAGUGAAGAGAAGUGAUUCAAAGAGUAGUGGUAUAGGGUUGACUUGUAAAUCAACGCCCAAGCAUUUUCAUCACCAAUUAAAGAAGUUUCGGUCAAAUGAAAGCGCUGAAUCUGAUGGUUCCAAAUACCACUUCUCUGUCCGUCCUAUGCCGGCCAUCGAACUUCAACACCACAGCAAACUACGUGAAAACUAUUAAUAAGUCUCAGGAGUCCUAAGGCAUUUAUUUAGACUCUAAAUUCUAGAGCAUAAAUUACAAAAUAGAUGUAGAAGUGUGUGAUAUUUUUAAUAAUGUUAUUUGAUAUUCAAAUUCUCGUAAUAAUAGAUGAUAUUUAUAGAUGUAUCUAUAUUUCUUUAUCAGUGUAGUGACGAGACAGUUCCAACUUACAAUAAUUUAGUAAUCAAAUUGCUCAAUAGAUGGAUAGUUUUAAUGAAAGCUACCUGCAGAUUUACGCCCGUAAACGUUAUGUAUCUAAGGACGGCGCAUUGCUGUGAUAACAAGUCUGUUUCUCAGCUUUGUUUAUCUGACAGCUUGCUAUUUGUUCAGCUAUGUUUAUCUGACAGCUUGCUGUUUGUUCAGCUUUGGUUAUCUGACAGCUUGCUGUUCAGCUUUGUUUAUCUGACAGCAAACUAGAUUCAAGUUGUAUCACAAUAUUAGCCAAUCACAACGGCCCUAUGUCUACGCACUGCGAAGGCUGCCAUGCCGUCAGUACUGAGAAACAGACUUGUUAUCACAGCUUCUCUUCGUCCUUAGAUAAAAAACGUCUAUGAAUAAGGGGGUUAGUCUGUAUGUGAGUAUGUAACUUUCAUUUACAUUACCACGCCAUUUUUAUAUAAUGUAGUUGUGUACUUUUAGUAUCUAAUGUACAUAAAAUUUACCUCGAAAAUGUUUAAGCACCGAAUCUCAAUAUUCGAAUAUAAACUUACAAGCCAAAUAAUACUACAAAAUAUAACAUAACUUAUACAAAAUAUAGCUUAUCACUGUAAGAAAACUCGAAUCAUUCAAUCUGUGGCUCACAUAUCCAAUCGAUAUGAUAACUAUGAUAUUGAAGUUCUCGAAUGUUUGCAACGUGCAUUCAAAUGUGCACUCUAAUCGUCAAAGAUAUGGUUGUUCCUAGUCGACUGUUGAAUUUACCUUUAUCACGGUUAAAAGACGUCCAAUACACAAUAUUUAACUUUGGACCGGUGUUUUGCUAUAGUUAUUUUAGUCUUUCACAUAAGUUUUUGUAACUGUAGAAAAUAAGCUCAAUGUACAGUCAGCCUGAAAAAUAGCUGAACGAGUUGAAAUCGCCUUUAAACUUUUGUAUCUAUACAACUAUUCUUCACUUAAAUAAAUUACAUGGGAUUUACAAAGAAAUAAUAUUGAAAUUAAUGUGUACAAGUGUACAGAUACUUUUGUGAUGACGGUACUGUAAUGCACUUUGUAUCGAAAGGGAAAGCGAAUUACUAUUUUUCCAUACCUAUACAUUAGUUUAUUAGCAAUUAAAAUGAAAUUCCUAAUAAAAGAAAUGUAAUGCAAUAAUGGAGAAGCGUUUUAAGCAUUUACUGAUUAUAUUAUAUUUAUGUAGUAGUUAAAAAUAUUUUUAUAACAUAUAUUUCGUCUCGAUCAAACACAGCAGGAAACGUCGAUGUUUACGUGUGGAAAUAUAGCCUGACUAGGAUCAUAAAACAACUGCCUUGUGGGCGCCACUGUCGCCUUUUUGUUUUAAAGUUAACAUUGUCAGUACAAGAAAUUAGUACCAUAGUUUACCUCAAGAUGGCGAGGUUUUUUAUUUUUCUGGUCAGGCUAUACUUAUUUUAUUGCAAUGUCUUAAUUAUGAAAAUUAAUUUAUAUUUUUUAAAUAUGUAGGGUUGUGGUUUAAGCCGAGGUUUAUAAAUCAUAACAAAUUAUAUAGGUAUAUGGCUAUUACAGAAUUGUCCGGAAUGAAGUUAGUCACUUCUCGCCUGUCACAGUUUUGUCUCUAAAAAUAUGACUCGUAACUAACUUCCGACAGAUUAUAGUUUAUGAAUAGAUUGGAUUUAACUAUAUUGUCUCGCGAAUGGCACGAGUUAUCAUAUUUUAUAUGAAAGUGCUUCCCCUAGCACUAAUAUAACGUUGUACAAUACGGUAUAACUGUUUAAAUACGGACGAAUAAAAUAAGAUAGUAUGUUAUUUACACAACUGUAUGUUAAAUUAUGUGUAAGAGUUCUUUAUAAAUAAAAAUAAGUUGAAUUUUAUGCAUGUGUUAAGAAGCGGCAAAAUAUUU